AUGUCCGAACUCCAGGAACAAACCCCUGAUAUCGUUAUCGGCAACUACGAUUAUGGUUCUGCCGGUAAGCCUGCCGAUGAGUUUGAAUACUCUGAGGGUGAAGAAUACGAAGAAGAAGACGCCGCCGCUUCCAAUGAAAAGGCCCCAAUAACCUCUGAAGCUGCCGAUGAGGUCGCCACUGAGUCGAUACCUUCUGGAGAAACUGCUCCCACAAAAAAAUCUGUUAGCUUUCAGGGAGCUGAUGACAAGGAUGCUGACGGUCUGACGCCCGAGGAACGCCACCAGCGCGAGUUUGAGGAAGGCGGUGGUCUUCCUCCUCAACCCGAAAACCCAGACUUUGACAAGCUUACUCCCUUGUCUCCCGAAAUCAUUGGCCGCCAGGCUACCAUCAACAUUGGUACCAUUGGCCACGUCGCACACGGUAAAUCAACUGUUGUUAAGGCUAUUUCAGGUGUUCAAACUGUCCGCUUCAAGAACGAGUUGGAGCGUAAUAUUACUAUUCGUCUUGGUUACGCCAAUGCUAAAAUCUACCGCUGCUCUAACCCAGAGUGCCCCAGACCUGCAUGCUACCGCUCUUUCAGAUCAGACAAGGAAAUCUCACCAAAGUGUGAGGCUCCCGGCUGUGAAGGCCGAUACCAGCUUCUGCGCCAUGUUUCGUUUGUUGACUGUCCUGGUCACGAUAUUCUGAUGAGUACCAUGUUGUCAGGUGCUGCAGUCAUGGAUGCUGCCCUGCUGCUUAUUGCCGGUAACGAAACCUGCCCUCAGCCCCAGACUUCAGAACACUUGGCUGCCAUUGAAAUUAUGAAGCUCAAACACAUCAUCAUUCUGCAAAACAAGGUCGAUUUGAUCAAAGAGGAUGCUGCACUCGAGCACUACAAGUCUAUUCUCAAGUUUAUUAAGGGUACCUCCGCCGAUGGUGCCCCCAUCGUUCCCAUUUCCGCUCAGCUUAAGUACAACAUCGAUGCAGUCAAUGAGUUCAUUGUCAAUAAGAUUCCUGUUCCUCUGCGCGAUCUUACUGUUAAGCCCAAGCUUAUUGUCAUUCGUUCCUUUGACGUCAACAAGCCAGGUGCUGAUAUUGACGAGCUCAAGGGUGGUGUCGCUGGUGGUUCCAUUCUUUCUGGUGUUCUGCGCAUCAAUGAUGAAAUUGAGAUCCGACCAGGUAUCGUCGAGCGUGGCAGCAACAACCAAAUCAUCUGCAGACCCAUUCGCUCUAAAAUUGCCACUCUCUUUGCUGAGAACAAUGACCUUAAAUUUGCCGUCCCUGGUGGUCUUAUUGGUGUUGGUACCAAGGUUGAUCCUACUCUGUGCCGUGCUGACAGACUUGUCGGUCAGGUUCUUGGCCACAAGGGCCAUCUUCCAAAUAUCUACAUUGAGCUUGAAGUUAACUUCUUCUUGCUGCGUCGUCUGCUUGGUGUCAAGACCGAGAACAAGAAGAGCGCCAAGGUUGAGAAGCUUACCAAGGGUGAAGUUCUCAUGGUUAAUAUCGGUUCCACAACCGCCGGUGCUAAGGUCGUCGGUAUCCAAGCUGAUAUGGCUAAGCUGGCGCUUACCACUCCUGCAUGCACUGAGAUUGGUGAGAAGAUUGCGCUUUCACGAAGAAUCGCCAAGCACUGGCGUCUUAUUGGCUGGGGUUCUAUCCAAAGUGGCACAAUCUUGGAUCCCGUUGACUAUUAG